UUCCCGGGCUUGGGUCCACUCCUAGCUUCGCAGGCUCGCAGCCCCCUGCCUGGCCGCUCCGCUCAAAUUGCACCUCUGUAGUAGCCAGUAGCCGCCGGUAACUGAAGGAUGAAGCGGCGGGGCUUGCUCUUGGUGACCAUCCUCCUGGCCGCCUGCACCACCGCCACGGCUGGGAAGAAAACCGCCAUCCGUCGGACGCACGAGCAGCUGCAGCCCCAGGCGCGCGGCUCGUCGUGCGACGUGUACAGGGGCAGCUGGGUAGUGGACGCGUCGUACCCGCUGUACGACGCGGCGAGCUGCCCCUUCGUCCGCAAGGAGUUCGACUGCCGCCGCAUGGGCCGCCCCGACUCGACGUACCUCAAGUACCGGUGGCAGCCCGACCCGCCGUGCUCCUUGCCGAGGUUCGACGGGGUGAAGCUUCUGAACCUGUGGCGCGGGAAGAAGGUCAUGUUCGUUGGCGACUCCUUAGUGGUGAACCAGUACGAGUCGCUGCUGUGUAUGCUGCACGCCGCCGCGCCCGGCGCACGGACCAACCAGUCGUGGGCGUCGUCGUCGGGGGAGAACCCGUCGACCACGGUGCGUUUCGAGGACUACGGUGUGACUCUGGUGUACUACUUGUCGCAUUACCUGGUCGACCUCACCAACGACACAGCCGGGCGUACCGUCCUUAGGCUCGACGGGAUGGACGAGGGACGCGCGUGGAUCGGCGCCGACGUGCUCGUCUUUGGCUCGUGGCGCUGGUGGUGGCGCAAGAGUUGGGACUACAUCCAAGGCGACAGCACGGUGGUGCAGGACAUGGACCGGACCCAGGCUUUCACCAAGGGGCUGCAAACCUGGGCUAGAUGGGUCGACGCCAACCUCGCCCAGACCAGCACCAAAGUCUUCUUCCAGGGCUACUCGCCCAAUCACCUCGAUGGCCGACAAUGGGGAGCGGCGGCGGGUAAGACGUGCAUCGGGGAGACGCAGCCGUUGAACAACGCGGCAGCGUACCAUGGCCAGCCCAACCCGCAGGACACGAUCGUGAGGAGCGUCCUGGCGGGCAUGGCGAAGCCGGUGCUCCUGCUCGAUAUCACCUCCAUGUCGCAGCUGAGGAAGGACGGCCACACCACCAGGUACAACGGCGACAGCCUUGGCCGUGACUGCACGCAUUGGUGCGUCGCUGGCGUCCCUGACACCUGGAACACCGUCCUGUACGCCGCCCUUGCAGGAGGGGAUUCAUGACAUCGUUGAGCUUUUUUCUUUCUCAGAUAAUAAUGGCAUUAUUAUUGAUCUAGAAUGCGGUUCAGUGUCGAUAGAAAGAGAUAUUACUCCAUCCGUUCAAAGAUUCUAUGGCAUAUAUAUAUAUAAUGGUAUAAUAAUAAAGCAAAUGAUACAUGUAACGACCCUCUCUAAA